CUGUUGGCCAAACAAAGAAGAAGAACAGCACGAAGCGCUACCAGCGUUAGCUUUUGUUGAGAGGACAGUGGUGUUUUGUUGGGACGUUUGUGAGGUUUGUGGACAGAAAGGACGAUACGUGGUUCGUGUGGGAACUCUCAACAUUUUCCAAAGUGUCGUAAAUGAGUGAAGAAGUGUUGAACGGAAAGACAACGUGGAUUGCUGUGAUUGUGAGACUAGCAGAUGAUCGAUCGGAGCUGCAGUGAAGAGGACGGCGGAGUUUGUGGGAGUUGGAGCUGAAGAUCGGAGCAGGAACCAUGUCUUCAGAACCUCAGGAAGGUUCUGUCAGAGAACAACUUUCUGCUGCUGAAGGAACCAUCGUCCAGAACGAGGAGGAACUCUGUCGUCAGCGCAGACUGCUGGAUAUCAGCUGGAACCCGCAGCUUCAGCUACACAUUGCAGCAGUCCUCCCCCAGCAUUGGAUGACUGAAGAUGAAGAUCUCUGCAAUCAGCAAAGGAACUUCGGAGUGGAACUGCAGGAACCAGAACCUCCACAGAUUAAACAGGAACUGCAGGAACCAGAACCUCCACAGUUUAAAGAGGAGCUGCAGGAACCAGAACCUCCACAGUUUAAAGAGGAGCUGCAGGAACCAGAACUUCCACAGAUUAAAGAGGAGCUGCAGGAACCAGAACUUCCACAGAUUAAAGAGGAGCCAGGCGAACUCUGUAUCAGUCAGGAUGAAGAUCAUCUUGAUCUGAAGCAGGAGACUGAUACCUUGAUGGAGAUUUCUACUUAUGAGGAAGAUGAGAACAGUGAAGCAGAACUAAACAAUCAGCAGAACUUUAAUUUAACUGAUAGUCAGGAUGAAGAAGUAAACCAACAUGAAGAAUCAACAUCAACUACAGAAGAAGAGACAGACCCACAGAACAGAGAUCAGAGGAAUAGAAAAGAGAGAAGUCAUGUCCAAAGUGUGGACAGCUCUCACAUGUUAGAAAUUGACUCUGUUAGAAAAAAAAACAGAAAGGCAUCUUUGUUUAGGAAACACAAACCAUCUCCAAAAGGUAAAAGAUCUUCCGAUAUAAAGUUUGGUCCAAAAAAAGGAAUUGCACACAAUGUGUCAAUAAGAAAAGAGUCUGUAAGACCUUAUAUCUGUAAAGAAUGUGGCAUGGGCUUUGAUUACUUGUCUCAAGUCAGAAUUCACAUGACUACUCAUACAGGAGAAAAGCCCUUUCCUUGCAAAGAAUGUGACACAAGUUUUAGCCGUGUAUCUGAUCUCAAAACACACAUGAGAACUCACACAGGAGAAAAGCCGUUUUGUUGUAAAGAAUGUGAUACACGUUUUCGUCAAUUAUCUCAUCUUCAAACACACAUGAGAACUCACACAGGAGAAAAGCCUUUUACUUGUAAAGAAUGCGAUAAAAGUUUUAGUGAAAUAUCUAAUCUCAGAACACACAUGAGAACUCACACAAGAGAAAAGCCUUUUACUUGUAAAGAAUGUGAUAAAAGAUUUAGUCAGAGGUCUCAUCUCAAAAUGCACAUGAUAACUCACACAGGAGAAAAGUCUUUUACUUGUAAAGAAUGUAAAAAAAGUUUUCGUCAAAUAUCUGAUCUCAAUAGACACAAGAGAACUCAUACAGGAGAGAAGCCCUUUUUUUGUAAAGAAUGUGAUAAAGGUUUUAGUCAAAUAUCUAAUCUCAAAAAACACAUGAGAACUCACACAGGAGAAAAGCCUUUUCCUUGUAAAGAAUGUGACAAAAGCUUUAGUACUGUAUUUAAUCUCAAAAAACACAUGAGAACUCACACAGGAGAGAAGCCUUUUUUUUGUAAAGAAUGUGAUAGAAGUUUUAGUUCUGUAUUUAAUCUAAGAAAACACGAGAACUCACACAGGAGAGAAGCCUUUAUCUAAAAAAAAAUGUAAUUAAAGUUCUCGACUUAAGACACAAAGAAAAAUCAAAGCCGCAAGCGGCGUUGUAUGGCCCGCAGGCGCUCCACGCCCACCUAAACACCCACCUUUGAUCAAAGCUAGUAAUAGGUGCAUAUACUAAUUAUGCUUACUAUGAU